CACUCGCGUGUCAGGCGGUUGCUAGGCUCCAGCCGUGCGCCCCGCCCUCGCGCUCGGCGCCCUCUCACCACCCGGUACGUGCUCGCGCGGAGGCUGCGGCGCGGCGCUCGCGCUCCUUGGGCUCGGCGGCGGCGGCGACGGUAGCAUAGCGCCGAGUUCCCAGGGAGCAGCGGAGGCGUCCUGCGGGCCGGGAGGAGCAGGCACUUGCCGCUGCCCGUCCGCCGCCUCUCGGCUCUGGGUACUCUGGAAUGGAGCAGGUGUACAGAGGGUGAGGACCCAGUUCUGGGACCACGUCGCUCACCUCCUUCCUUAGAGAGAGUACUGACGGAACAAAGUUGGGCCCAGUACAAGGAUGUCUGGGAGCCUCUUGCUGCUGCCCCCAUUCUGGGGGAGGACCUUUGUCCUUCUGCUAUUGGUGGCCUUGGUUCACUCCCGCUGGCCCAGUGAACCCUCAGAGACCGUGAGGGAUUGGGAGAACCAGCUUGAGGCAUCAAUGCACUCGGUGCUCUCAGACCUCCGUGAGGCUGUUCCCACAGUGGUUGGCAUUCCUGAUGGCACAGCUGUUGUUGGACGCUCAUUUCGAGUGACCAUUCCAGCAGAUUUAAUUGCCUCCAGUGGAGAAGUCAUCAAGGUCUCAGCAGCAGGGAAGGAGACCUUGCCAUCUUGGCUGCACUGGGACCCUAAUAGCUACACCCUGGAGGGCCUCCCCCUCGACACUGACAAGGGAGUACACUACAUCUCGGUGAGUGCUGCACGUCUGGGGGCCAAUGGGAGCCACGUCCCCCAGACCUCCAGCGUGUUCUCCAUCGAGGUCUACCCUGAGGACCACAGUGAGCCGCAGUCUGUGCGGGCAGCAUCACCAGAACCUGGUGAAGUGUCAUCUACCUGUGCUGCUGAUGAACCUGUGACAGUUUUGACGGUUAUUCUGGAUGCUGACCUCACCAAGAUGACCCCAAAGCAAAGGAUUGACCUCCUGCACAGGAUGCGGAGUUUCUCAGAAGUGGAGCUUCACAACAUGAAGUUGGUGCCAGUGGUGAAUAACAGACUGUUUGACAUGUCAGCCUUCAUGGCUGGCCCAGGAAAUGCAAAAAAGGUGGUGGAGAAUGGGGCUCUGCUUUCCUGGAGGCUGGGCUGCUCCCUGAACCAGAACAGUGUACCUGACAUUCAUGGUGUGGAGGCCCCUGCCAGGGAGGGCGCCAUGUCUGCCCAGCUUGGCUACCCUGUGGUGGGUUGGCACAUUGCCAACAAGAAGCCCCCUCUUCCAAAACGUAUCCGGCGGCAGAUCCAUGCCACACCCACACCUGUUACUGCCAUUGGACCCCCAACCACAGCUAUCCAGGAGCCACCCUCCAGGAUCGUUCCUACCCCUACAUCUCCAGCUAUUGCUCCACCAACAGAGACCAUGGCUCCUCCAGUCAGGGAUCCUGUUCCUGGGAAGCCCACAGUCACCAUUAGGACUCGAGGUGCCAUCAUUCAGACCCCAACCCUAGGCCCGAUCCAGCCCACUCGGGUACCAGAAGCCGGCACCACGGUUCCUGGCCAGAUCCGCCCAACGAUGACCAUUCCUGGCCAUGUGGAGCCCACAGCAAUGGCUACCCCUCCCACAAGCACCACUAAGAAGCCACGAGUAUCCACGCCAAAACCAGCCACACCUUCAACUGAUUCCUCAACUACUACAACUCGCAGGCCAACCAAGAAGCCACGGACAUCCCGACCAGCAUCCCGGGUCACCACCAAAGCUCCCAUCACCAGAUUGGAAACAGCCUCCCCGCCCACUCGCAUUCGUACUACCACCAGUGGUGUGCCCCGGGGGGGAGAGCCUAACCAGGCCCCAGAGCUCAAGAACCACAUUGACAGGGUAGAUGCCUGGGUUGGUACCUACUUUGAGGUGAAAAUCCCACCAGAUACAUUCUAUGACAAUGAGGAUACCACCACUGACAAACUGAAGCUAACUCUCAAGCUGCGGGAACAGCAACUGGUGGGUGAGAAGUCCUGGGUACAGUUCAACAGCAACAGUCAGCUCAUGUAUGGCCUGCCUGACAACAACCACGUGGGCAAACAUGAGUAUUUCAUGCACGCCACAGACAAGGGGGGCCUCUCAGCUGUGGAUGCCUUCGAGAUCCAUGUCCACAAACGUCCUCAAGGAGAUAGGGCUCCUGCACGGUUUAGUGCCAAGUUUGUGGGUGACCCAGCCCCAGUGGUGAAUGACAUCCAUAAGAAGAUUACCUUGGUGAAGAAGUUGGCUUUUGCCUUUGGGGAUCGCAACUGCAGCACCAUCACUCUACAGAAUAUCACCCGGGGUUCCAUUUUGGUAGAAUGGACCAACAACACACUUCCCCUAGAGCCCUGCCCCCAGGAGCAGAUCAUAGGACUGAGCAGAAGGAUUGCCGAGGAUGAUGGGAAACCAAGGCCAGCCUUCUCCAAUGCCCUGGAGCCAGACUUCAAGGCCAUGAGUGUUGCUGUGAUGGGCUCAGGCAGCUGCCGGCGCCUGCAGUUUAUCCCCGUGACACUACCCACAGAGGUGCUUACAGAGGCACCACCCACAGAGGUGCCAGACAGGGACCCUGAGAAGAGCAGCGAGGAUGACGUCUACUUGCACACGGUCAUUCCAGCUGUGGUGGUUGCAGCCAUCCUGCUCAUUGCCGGCAUUAUUGCAAUGAUCUGUUACCGCAAGAAGCGGAAGGGCAAGCUAAUCCUGGAGGACCAGGCCACCUUCAUCAAGAAAGGGGUGCCCAUCAUCUUUGCGGAUGAGCUGGAUGACUCCAAGCCCCCACCCUCCUCCAGCAUGCCACUCAUCCUCCAGGAGGAAAAGGCCCCCCUGCCUCCUCCCGAGUACCCCAACCAGAGCGUGCCCGAGACCACUCCUCUGAACCAAGACACUGUAGGAGAGUAUACACCCCUGCGGGAUGAGGAUCCCAAUGCACCUCCCUACCAGCCCCCUCCACCCUUUACAGCCCCCAUGGAGGGCAAGGGCUCCCGUCCCAAAAACAUGACCCCAUACCGGUCGCCCCCUCCCUAUGUCCCCCCUUAACCCACAAGCGCCUGGGUGGAGGCAGAGGUAGGGCAGGGGCCUGGAGACAACACAGUGUUGUCUGUGAAAACCGGUGGCCUGCAGACCAUCGCUCACCGGAAGCCGACACCCGACCUAGCACACACACUGACACACAUGGGGCCUGGACAAGCCUGCCCUCUCUGGUCCUCCUAAACCCCAAAGCAGCUGGAGAGACUUUGGGGGAUUUUUUAUUUUUAUUUUUUUUGCCUAACAGCUUUUUGUUUGUUCAUAGAAAAUUCUUCGCUGCGUUUUUUGAUGGCUGGCUCUGAAAGCACUGUUUGGAGUAGAGUUAGAUGGAGGGAGCGAGGAACCGUGAAUGAACUUGCAGGCAGUGCUGGGUGGCCUCCUCCUGGCUCUCUGCGUUUUGCCUUUAACACUAACUGUACUGUUUUUUCUAUUCACGUGUGUCUAGCUGCAGGAUGUAACAUGGAAAACAGUAGCUAAAGAUUAAAUUCAAAGGACUUUCAGAAGUUAAGUUUAAGUUUUUACAUUUAAUUUGCUGUUUACCUAAACUUGUAUGUAUAAUUUUUGGGUGGGUAUGGGGAAUUGCUUUGCUUAAAAAUAAGCUCCCAGGGUGUUUCAAACUUAGAGAAGACCAAGGGACAGUAUUUUUUAUCAAAGGAAUCCUAUUUUUUCACACUCUGUAACUGGUUGCUCUGAUAUCUCAGAGCCUGAUUGGGGGCCUCGCGGCCCUGGUGAAGGGGCCAGGGCCCUGGUGCUGGGCUUGCUCUCCUGCUGUUGCCAGGGGCUGGAAGCUGAAGGGGGCCUCUUAGGCCGAAGACACCCCCAACCUCAUGCACGCUAUUGGCCCACCACCAAGGGGUCUUCAUUUCCAGGGAAAAAGGACUCCAAGAGGCAGUGGUGGCCCUGGCCCCAAAAUAGGUGCUCCAGGGUGGGCCAGCUGCUCGUGGGGGCACCCGGGGAGGUCGAGGGACUCGACCAUAUCAACCUAUUUUCUUUUUUCCUUCUCUUGUGUUUCCCCUUUCCCCCCCAAAAAGGAACAUCAUGUUUUUUGAAACACUCAGUGGGGGACAUUUUGGUGAAGAUGCAAUAUUUCUAUGUCAUGUGAUGCUCUUUCCUCACUUGACUUUGGCCAUUUUGUCCCAACAGUCCACAACUCAGCCCCACCCCUUUACUCUGGCACUCCAGUCCCAGGCCUCUUGGGCCCAAAUAGCUGGAAAAGGUCUGGUGGUUGGGGAGGAGUGCCAGCAAGUUCAUAGUAAGAAUCUGUGAGCUCUCAAAGCUAAUUUUUUACUAAAGUUUUUAUAUAACCUCAAAUUGUUUUAUUAAAAAAAAA